AUGUCUACCUUCUGCCUCGUUGGGAGUACUGGCCUAGUAGGAAACAACAUCCUCGGAACGCUGUGCAAGCGUCCCGAAGUGAACGUGCUCUACGCAUUCUCACGCCGAGAUCUCCCGCUGAGCGACAAUAUCAAAUCCAUCCGUUCCGAUUCUUCCACUUGGGCCCAACAGUAUCCCGCCGGCGUCGCCGUCUUUAUCUCCGGCCUUGGGACUACGCGCGCUGCGGCAGGAGGGUUUGACGCUCAAUACCGCAUCGAUCACGACCUGAAUCUCGAAUUGGCCACGGCAGCAAAACACGCGGGGACACGCGUGUAUGUCUUGAUCUCGUCAUCUGGCGCCAACAGUUCUUCAUUAUUUGGCUAUCCGAAGAUGAAGGGCAAGUUGGAAGACGAAGUAAAAGCUUUGGAUUUCGACCAUACCGUGGUACUGCGUCCGGGACUGAUCGUCGGAGAGAGAUCAUCGUACGAUUCCCGAACGGCAGAAUAUGUGCUGAGGAAGACGGCCGAGCUCGCAGGGUCUGUCAGUAACAAAUUGAAAGAUUUCUGGGCACAGGAUGCGGAGGUCAUUGGCAAGGCCGCGGUACGAGCGGCGUUGGACUGUCUCGAAGGAAGACAGAAGCAGAAGGUCGUUGUUUUGAGCCAGGCCGGUAAGUCUCGCAUCUCAAAGCGAGAGAGAUACAAACACUAA